UACUGAUCGUCAGCAACAAGAUUUUUGGAAAAGUAUUAAUACGCAAGAGUGGAAAUAUAUUGUAUGUACGCGAAAAUGAAUCUUAAACCACGUUUAUUAUUUGUGUUUAUUAUCGUUGUAUUAAUGCACGAGACAACAUCUAAGCAAUUAUAUCCAUCAUCAAUUUGCCUGUUGCCUAUAAAUAGUGGCCCUUGUAUAGCAAAUAUACUGAGAUACGCGUACAAUUCAGCUUCCGGACAAUGCGAACAAUUCGUAUAUGGUGGCUGUGAUAGAAAUGCAAACAAUUUCAAAACUAUGUCCGAGUGUGAAUUGGCAUGUAAAACUAUAUAAUGAUGGACAAAAAUGAUAAGCAAGAGAUUCAAUAAAGAUUUAACAAGAAA